AGAUUUGCCCACCGUGCCUUCCUGCCACUCGUCUUCACGGUGUCCUCAGCAUUGAGAGCAAACAGGGAAAUCAAUUACACACCACAUCAUCAUCAUCAUCAUCAUCAUCGUGAGCAUUUCCCAAAAAAAAAGGAGAAUAAAGAAAUCAGAACGAUGCAGCGAGUGCGUGUGGCACAGCUGACGGUGGCCAUCGUUGGCAGCACGGCGCCGUCCUCCUCGGCCGUUGUUGCGGCGAUCGUGCAGACGCCCGUCCGCGGCUUCCGGAAGGAGCUCUUCGAAGGUCCGCUCGAUCUCAAGCCGGGCGAGCGGAGCGCCCGCAAAGGGCCCCCCGUGGCGCACAGCCUCCCCGUAUACAAAACCACGCACAAGCUGCACAACUCCGUGCGGUGGAAGAACGCCAACCUGGUGACGAACGUCGCCGGUGGGCAGGACUACCGCCUUCGCGAGACGCAGGGCGAGGGUACCUUCGACGAAACGGGUAUGUAUCGCGACUGGCUCUACGGUGAUGAGCGGCGAUACGCGAACUACAUCGGUCUGUCGCUCGGCGCGCUGGCGAUUGCGCUCUUCUGGUACACGAUGCGGGUGAUUGGAACGGAGACGUGGGAUAUCCCCACGCCGGUGCUCGCCUCGCAACGGAAGCGGCUGGCGAAGGUGCAGACGAACGCGGAAAGCGGCGCUGACGCGGCUGCAGAAGGCGGUGUUGUGGAUGCCGCGGUGGGCACCGCCAUGACGGAGAAGGAGAUCCGCCAAGAUGCGCUGGCGAUGCUGAAGCGGCCGACGGUGGUCUCGAAGUCUAGUUAA